UUGCAGAAGCUGGGAAUAAGGCUGAAAUAAAUAAAGAGGAGGAGACUCCGAACAAGCUGGCAGAGAAGGAAACCAGCCAUGCCUCCCAGUGAGGUCUCCAGAGGAACUGGUUUUGGUCACCUCUGAACAGCCAGCUCCCGCAGGUCCGGGAUUUCUGAGUUUUUCUCUUCUCCCCCCACCCCCCUUUCUACGUUUUUUCCCACCCCCCUUGGAGAUGAACCAAAGACUCAGCUGGCUUUUUUCCCUACCUGGAACCGCCGUUCUUCCUUCCCGGCUGCGCUUGGCGAUCCCUGAUCCGAUAGCCCAGAGCAGACCACCAAAGAAAGAGGAGAAACUGUCGUUUAAAGCCAGGCUGCCGUUUCAUCUGAGAUAAAGAAGGGGAAAAAAAUAGUCUUUUCGAGUUCUGGGGAGGUUUCGUCAUCAUCGCCUUUGCAAAACAAAACAAAAAGACCCACAACACCGCUCCGGAUUCAGAGCUGGUCCUUUCUUUUCUUUUCUUUUUUUAGUUUCUGGCAUAUAUUAUUAUUAUUUUUAAAAAAAGAAGAGGAAGAAAACUCUCCGUUCCCCCCGGUUGGAAGCUAAGCUGCCCAUGGCUUUCUUGAUGAAGAAGAAGAAAUUCAAGUUUCAGAUCAGUUUCACCUUGGAAGAGCUGACGGCGGUACCUUUCGUGAAUGGCAUGCUGUUCUGCAAAAUCCGUCUGCUGGACGGAGGAGACUUCGUCACCUUGUCUUCCAGGGAAGAAGUCCAGGAGAACUGUGUCCGCUGGAGGAAGAAAUUCACCUUCAUCUGCAAAAUGAGUGCCAAUCCCACCACGGGACUCCUGGACCCCUGCAUUUGCCGAGUCUCGGUCCGCAAAGAACUGAAGGGAGGAAAAGCUUAUUCCAAGCUGGGAUUCACCGACCUGAACUUGGCCGAGUUUGCAGGCUCGGGGCUGACUGUCCGAUGCUGCUUGUUGGAAGGAUACGACACGAAGAACACCAGACAGGACAACUCCAUCCUAAAGGUCACGAUUGGCAUGUCCCUCUUAUCCGGAGACCCUUGUUUCAAAACGCCACCCUCCACGGCCAAAUCCGUGGUCAUCCCAGGAGAAGACUCGAGCCUGCAGCUCACCUGCAAAGGGGAGGGAACCAGCCGGACUGUAACUCCCAGCACCAACGCGCCAUCUUCGAUCGGUUCCGUCCGUCAGAACAAACCCAGGCCCACCAUCCUGGGAUCAGAACCGGACCAGAACUUAUCAAGUCCAGAAGAAGUAUUUCAUUCCGGACACUCACGAAAUUCAAGCUAUGCCAGCCAACAGUCCAAAAUCUCUGGAUACAGCACGGAGCACUCCCGAUCCUCCAGCCUCUCAGACCUGACCCACCGCCGGAACACGUCAACCAGCAGCAGCGCUUCCGGGGGUCUCAGUAUGACGGUCGAAUGCCCGGAGGGCGAACGGGAGCACAGGUUGGAGAAGCCUCCGAGACCUCCCAGGCCCAACCUUUUAUCGGACAGAUCUUCUCGAAGGAAAAAGGAUUCUGUAGAAAGCCAUCCCACCUGGGUGGACGACACCCGGAUCGACGCAGGUGACAUUGUAGAGAAGAUCAUGCAAAGCCAAGAUUUCACCAACGUCAGCAACACUGAAGAUAGUAACCUGAGGCUGUUUGUGAGCAGAGAUGGCACGACAACCCUAAGCGGGAUUCAGCUAGCAAACAGAGUUUCGUCUGGAGUUUACGAGCCAGUGGUCAUCGAAACCCAUUAAAUGUGAACUAGAUGGGUGGUCGUCGUCCAUCCGUCCGUCCCCCACCCCCCGAUGGAAACUUGUCUCAGCAUUUUGGGUGGGUGGUCCUUUCCUCCCCACCCCACCACCCCGUUUUUCUUUUCUUCCUUUCUUUUUUAGUCUUCUCUGCACAUAACAUUCCAGGAAGGACUUCUCAAAUUUUUAUUUUUGGGGAGGGAUCCAAGCACUCCACACCUGCCCAGAGGUACUUCAAAAACAGGCACUUUAGGUGGGAUCUGGGAAGGUGUAACAUCGACGAUCUUCAGAAGGACGUCAGAUCAAUGUCCGCAUGCAACGGCUCCCUCGGAGGGACAGCAACUCUUGUGCCGAGCGCCACAGUUCGGCGAGCGUGGCUUGACCAAUCCUUUCUCCGCCACCUAGUUUACUGUGAACACUUCCCUCUCCCGUCCAAGGAAGCCUCAAAUGGGAAACGUUGCUAGUCAGGAACGUCGCGAGGAUUCAAGAGCUGGGUUGACCCGCAUCUCCUCUCUUGCAUUGAUCCCUCCCGAGGGCUGAGACCCAAGGAACGGAGGGCCAGCCUACGCCACUGCUUUGAACCGGAAGUCCUCCCCACGUCCUUGUCUUUCAUAGGAAGCCCCUGGUGUGUUUUUGGCCUCCUCAAAAUCCUCCUUUCAAGCAUCCGUGAGCCAUGGAAAGCUUUGCAGAUGUUGAAUGCCACUGUAGCUUGUAGUCCUCCUUCUCCUGCAGGACAAGGAAGGGGGAUGAUCUUGGCCAGCUGCCAUGCACGGCACAACUCUUGAAGAAGCUCAGAUAUGCCCAGGAAAAGAAAGUUUGGACUUUCCUCAAUGAGAACCGCUCUUGAAUUUUUUCAUUAUUUUUUUUAAAGAACAAUUGUUUGGGGUGACACACAUUCCCUGCUUGCAAGGUGGAGAGAAGUUCUGUGUUCACUUGGUAGUAGAGUAGAAGAAUAUCCCCUAUCAGUUCCAACAGCGUUGCCUUCCAGAUGCAAAACACAUUGGGUUAGGGUUCUCCUCGCUUGGGUUUUGAUUUGAAACCAAAGGCCUUGAGCAUCGAGAAGGUAUCCGGAUCCUUCUUUUCCUCCUGCCCAAGCGUGGUGGAGAAGUUUCCAUCACGAUAGGCCAACAUGCUCCCCAAUCCCUUGCUCUCCCCAUAGAGUGUGUGGAGUCUGUGGUGAGUCCAAACUCCAUAAGCAAUGAAAUGGGGAGAGUAGCAUCAGCGAUCAUCACUCAACUGUGUCCUCAACUGAGUUCUUCCACGUUUGGAAGGCGGGGGUGGGGGAACCCCUGGAUUUGUCUUUCCAUCGGAUGGAGUCUUUUAUUGCCCUCUCUCCAUCCAGAUGUUGAGAUUUGUGUAGGGAACACAGCAAGCUUUAGGGCUUGGUGUAGAAGCAGUGAAGCUUAUUAGCUGUUUUUCCCCACGUUGUGUUCUUGCGUUGGUCGUCUGCAAGCUACAGCUAGAAGACCUGGGCAGUUUCAUCCUAGGCAUAGGGUGUCCCCCCAACCCCACCCUUCACUUGUUGCUUUUAGGGGGGAGAGAGACUCAGGUUUUCCCCAUUUCAAGAAAGUAGCUUGCCCUUGAUAGAGGCACCAGUUGAAUGGAUUCACACCUACAUUUCACGUGGUUUAAUAAUGGCUUGAGGGUGUCAUCUCCCCCACAUGCCUUUAGACGAGUGACUGCUCUAAAACAAGAGUGUGCAAAUGGAAUUCAGAACAGGAUCAGGAAUUGGGGAGAGGGGCACACACGGACAUCAAAGGCCAGCCCUGUGGUCCCUUGAGUGGUAGCAAAGGAGUCAUCAGUGGUGAGGAUCUGCCAGAAGUUGGGUUCUUCACCCAACCACUGACCAGAACCCUCCUCUCCUAUCUCAGCUGAGCUAGCCAAGGUUUGUAUGAGUUGAAGACUCCAACCCAGCUCAAGGCCAUUGUGUCGAGCAGAUCAGAGAGCCUCAAACCCUCCCUGACCAUCUCAGGCCGAUCCUGAUCUUCAGCAAAGAGGAAAUAACUUGGGAACGGCCUAGAAUCUCCAGGAUAGACCUGGGAAACUUCCAUCUGAAAGUUGGUGGCCUUGUGAAAUCCUUGCACCACCAUGUCAGAAGAGGUCCUCUGGAGCUUUUCUUGAUACCACCAUUCAUACGUGUGGUUUGCUAAGAAGGACCUGGUGAAUUGGAAGAAGCCGAAGCUUCUUGAGAUACCUCUGUUGGUCUCCAGUGGCCUGUCCCACCAAUGAAUGGGUGAGGCAGUAGAGCUUGAUAUAUGGUGUUUUUUCCCCCUGGUGGGCAAAUUCUGUUCUCUAAAAAGAUAUUGGUCACACCUAAGCCAAACACUAUCUGGGACAAUUAACCAAAAGAGACCAAUUGAGAAAUGGUUGUUUUUCAUUUGACCUCCUUACACCACGGUUAAACUUCUUUCUCCUCCCCUUUUGAUUUUUUUUGAAAUCUAUUGAUUUUUUUUUUGUCGUUGAUCAACCCAGCAGGCUGGUGUAACGUUGUGAAUUUUGGAGGGAGGUGUGGGGGGGUGUUGUUUAAAUCAUUGUUUCAUUGCUUAUAAUAGUAUGUUGUCGGGCUGUUGUUUUAUAACUAUGUCUUAAUUUGACCAGGGAGAGAGGGAAGGAACCAGAGUUUCCACUUCUCUAGUUUCUCGGCUUCGUUGCGUUCCUUUGACAUUUUUUUUUUGGGGGGGGGGGUGUUAGCACUCGCCCAUCCAACUGGGAUCAAAAGAACCAAGAGGCGGCAGAACUUCAAAACGGCGCCCCCGAUUGAAGGAAGAGGGCACAGCUGGAUUCUGUUCUCCUUCCGCACAUGGUGCCAAAUAUAUUGACUCGUUUUGUGCUUGGUUCUGCAGCAAGGAAAAAAUAAACCCUCUUGGAUCUUUGGAGCAAAAGUUCUCAAGAGGAGCUAUUUUUUGGAGAGGCGAGAAAACACUCCACAAACACACACAAACGCCCCCCCUCCAAUUUUGCAAAAAAAUGAGACCACGAGAGUAAUUCAUUUCCCAUGAAGAAUUUGACGACCCCAUUGCAAAGAAAGCAUCUGUGUAGCUUGGUGCAAAACUAGCACGCUUCUCAGUCCCGUCCCGUAGCGCCUAAUCUCUUCAGAAAAUUUAUUCCCCUUUUUAUUAUUAUUAUUAACACUUUUUUUAAUAGUUUGGGUCUCCGCAGUGACCCACUCCCAAAUGGCUUGCUUGCUUCUUUUUAUGAUGAUGAUGAUGCUUCCUUCUGCAGUUCAAGUUCCCCCUUUGUAAAAAAAUAAAAGUUUUAAAAGGAAAAAAACGAAGUAAAACUUGAUCGAGGCAGCUGGGCUGCACUCAUGCUUGUAAAACCUCUGGAAGGUGAUCUCCCAUUCCCGCUAGGUACGGAUCAGGACGCCCCCUCCUGGAGAGGGGAUCCACUGGAGAGCAGAUCUCUCCUUCAGGUGAUCUCAGGACCAGUUAGAAGAAAAUGCCAUUUCCCCAUAAGCAAGUUGGCUACCUUCUUUCUUAGGCUCUGUAGACAGAGCUGGUCUUUCUUAACAAGGCACAAUAAUUUCUCUUGACACCCAAACUUUGGGACUGUCUGGUUUUCCCCCCUUGAAAAAAAAUAAAUCUGAUUUUCCCCACCUAAGCCAACUUCAAAGCUGCAUAACCUUCCCCUCUUCCCUCGCCAGCUUCUAAGGACAAAGAUCCUUUUGCCCUGACUCCCAAAAUCAAACGAACUUGGAAUGUAAAAGAAUAAACUCGAAUAAAUUCUUCACCGUGCUUUAAGAAAGUGACGUUUUCUUAAGUUUGCCGUUGCUUUUUAAGCCCAUAUUUUUCAGGGGGUUGUUAAGGAGAGAGAGAGAGAGAGAAAGAAAAGAGAUCGUGUUUUAUUUUCUUGGAAAGCGAACGAAACUUUUUAAGAGAUUCGAAAGGCGCACGCGAUUUAUAUUCAAAUAUUUCUAUUAAGCAGGAAAUAUAUUUUUGGAAGAGAGAGAAAAAAAAACCAGGACUAUGCAAAAAUUUAAGGUAGAGAAUUGCCGGAAGAGAUAGUUUUGAUGUGUUCUGAACUUUGAAAUCUGAAAAGUAGAUUAAAACUCAAAUCCUUAAAAAGCAUUUAUAGAAAAGAUUUUUUUUAAAAAAAAAUUCCUUCCACCCACCCCUGUUCUCUGUUUCCAAAUAUGUUUUCAAAAAGUGUUGAGCCCAGAGAAGAAUCCGUCAUAGAUCUGCACAUUCCCCCGUUUUAACUCGUUCUAGUAUUUAUCAUUUUUUGUAUUGGAUGCUGUGCUGUCUUUGAUUCAAACAGUUUUGUAUUCUCUGUUACCUGGUAGAAAAGCCACAGUUAUAAAAAAGAAGAAAAAUCACUAUAAAAUCAAAUGUCGUGACGGUUUUGGAGGGGCAGAAAUAAAGAUUGGGUUUUCUUUGGUA